GUUUUUCUUGAACAAGGGGUUCAGCAGGAGCUAUCCGAAUGACCUCAACACAGGUUGCUUGGGACUAUACCGCCAUCACGAAUAGGAUGAUCCAACAACCUGACUGCCGGUAAUGAGUAGCCGGCAGAGGAUAUAACCUCCAAGACUUCCCCGGAUUCCUGUUGAUCGUCUUUUUGUUCUCCAGUCUCCGCAACUCCUCGACCCUGGUCACCCAUCCUCAGUUUCCACAUCGAGUCAUAGUCGAAGUUUGUCACAUUUCGUGACAACUCCCAGCAAGCAUGGCAGAGAAGAACGACGUCUCGGAUCACUUGGAAGCAAGUGUUUCCCAUCAUGAUGCCAAAGGGAUGGCUGUCGGCGCAACCAACCAGCAGGAGCACGAUCUUACUGUUCGAGAAGUCUUCAAGAACCACAAAGCCAUUGUCUGGUGGUGUUUCUACUGGGCCAUGGCGGCCAUUGGAUGGGGUUUUGACGCUCAGAUCAACGGCGCCAUGAUUUCCGUGGCAUCCUUCAGGAGGGACUUUGGAUAUGUCCUCGACGGCGAAGCGAUUCUCCCUGCGGAUUGGCAGUCAGCCUUCAACAUCAUUAGCACCGUCGGCCAGUUCUUCGGAGGGUUUGCCUGCAGUUGGCUAGCAGAUAGAAUCGGACGCAAAAACUCCCUCCUAAUCGGCGUCGUCAUCUGCACCGGCGGCUGCGUCGGCGAGAUUCUUUCAGAUACCAAAGCAGCUUUCCUCUGUUCCAAGCUAAUCCUCGGUCUGGGACUCGGUUUCUACCUCACUCUUGCGCCCCUCACAUGCAGUGAGCUGGCCCCUGUUGCCCUUCGAGGAUACGCCACGGCUGGCGUCAACUUAGGCAUCGCCAUCGGCCAACUUUUGUCCAAUGCCGUAGUCAAGGCCUUUGGAGAACGAUCCGACCGCUGGGCCUACCGCGGACCCUUCGCCACCCAGCUCUUCUUCGUCCUCUUCCUCGCCAUUUUCUUGCCUUUCACUCCCGAGACCCCCUGGUACCUUGCCCGAAAAGACAAGCUUGAGCAAGCAGCAAAGUCACUCAAGAAGCUAUAUGGACAGAAUUACGAUGUCAACGCUAGGCUCUCUGGCAUUGUGGCCACGAUUGAGGAGGAGAAUUCGAACCAAACACACGAGCUUGGAUUUGUCGACUGCUUCAAGGGCACCAACCUUCUUCGGACAGGCAUCUCGACUGGCGUCUUCCUUUGCCAGCACUUGGUCGGUAUUAUCUUUGUUCUCGGAUACUCGACAUACUUCUUCCAGCUCGCCGGUCUUGACGUCUCGAAAUCCUUCGAUCUCGGUGUGGGCGUCACAGCUUGCGGCGUCCUCGGAAAUAUCGUCAGUUGGUUCGUCAUCGAGACCUUUGGCCGCCGGAAGAUCUUCCUCUCUGGAAUGGGAGCCCUGACAACGCUUCUCCUGCUCAUUGGCAUCAUGGACGUCGUCCCUACGGACGCCGCGAAGUGGGUGCAAGCCGCCUGCACCGUCAUCUAUGCUUUUGUGUACUUCAUGACCAUUGGUGCCAUGGCUUUUGCCAUCCUCGGCGAGGCUUCCAGCUCUGUUCUACGCGCGAAGACUAUGGCUCUCGCUACCGCUACCCAAGCAAUUUGUGGCUUGGCGAUGAAUUUCGCGAUUCCUUACAUGGUCAAUCCCGAUGAGGGCAACUUAAAGGGCAAGGUUGGAUUCAUCUUUGGUGGUCUGGCGUUGAUUGGAACUGUGGGAAGCUUCUUCUACGUCCCUGAACUCAAGGGCAAGACCUUUGAUGAGAUCGACCGUCUCUUCGUGGCGAAGGUGCCACCAAGAAGGAUGGGAAAGAUGUAAGCUAGUUAUUGGACAGGGAAUCAUAGGUACAUAUAAUUGUCAUUGAAUUAUGGCGGUAGAUCGACAUACAAUGUAAAGUGCUUAAAGCACAAUUAUACCAGUUUGAACCCUUGUCACCCCCUGAAAGAGGC